AUGUAUUCUCACAGUAGCUCGUUUUCUUCACAAUUCAAACAAGUGUCAUUCGAAAAAUUCCAAAGUUCUGCAGUUGUUUUAGAUCAAGGCAUACUUGAAAUGCAAACUUUUUAUAAUUUUACUUUUGGAGAAGUACAAGAAGACAUGACAUUUAUAAGAUGUACAUUCAAAAUGAUAUUAAAUCCAGAUAACAAGUACUCUGCUAUAUAUAUUAAGACGACAACUUCAAGCUCUUUCAAUAUUUACAUCACAGAAUGCGCGUUUGCUCAAGUUUUUGGAUCAGUAUGGGGACCAAUACUUUUCAGUGGAAGCACAGGUUACAUUAAUAAGACUUGCUUUACUGUUUGCUACGGAGGAGAUAAAGCUCAAUCAUAUGUUUUGAAAUGCUCACAAAUGGCGAACUGUACAGAGAUUGUACGACAUGCAACAUCACCUAAGAAGAUACCCGGUCAAUCCCAUGCCGACCAACUAGAAGGAGAAAGAGUUUGCGAAACAUACCUCAACCAAAGCUUCUCAGGCGUCAGUUCCCGUGCUGCAUGUGUUGCAAUUGGUAGAAAUGCCAGGUAUUUGAACUUCCAAUACGUCGCUUUCGUUAAUAUUUCUGGAAUGAAUUUUAUGGUUAUAGAUUGUGACAAUUUAAAGGAAUAUAAGAUAGCGUAUGGCUAUAUGUACAAGUGUAUCUAUCAUGUGGAGUCAUCAUCUCUUCUAGAAUGUCAUUUCAGACUUAAAUUUGAAAAUUGGGAUUUUAUUCAAACGAAAAUGUUGUUUGUAGUCAUUAGUCAGUUCGGAACAACACGUUCUGUUGAUGGCAUGCAGUUCAUAAACUGUAGGACCGACGUUCCAAAGCAAAAACAAAUAAUUCCAAAUGACAAAUGGAAUUUUUCAAAUUUCACAAUAAUUAGUCGUCAAAAAUACAUUGAUUACGGACCAGAUUUCGAUGAGUGGCUCUGCCAAACAGAUGUUCCUCCUUCUCCGGCUCCUACACCAGAGAGAUCUCCUCUUCCAACACACACAGCAACAGCAAUGCCUUUAAUGACUGUUCCCGUGUUCGAAGUGAAGCAACAGGACGCUCCGGAACUGAUUGACCCCGACCAUAUGCCUGAGAACAACAAAGGAUUUACAACAGCUGAUUAUAUACAAAUCGCUGGUUUAGUUGUUUUGAUAAUUAUCACUGGAAUUGUUUUCUUUUUGGCAAUGAAGAAGAAAAAGAAACAGGCUCCUAACCCUGAUGAAGAGGAACAACUCUUGCAAUACUAA